UUAUAAUGUUGUUUGACAUCGAAUAAGUGCAAAAGAAAAUUUUACAAAAAAAGCAAAAAAGAUAGUAACAGGAAUGGAUGUCCGAGAUAUUUUGGAAUUAGAAGGCCCAGAACAACAAUUUAUCACAAAAGAUGCUUUGAUGAAUGACAAAAAGAAAAAGGUAACUAGGAAAUCUGACCUGUCAUUCAAGCGACCAGAGGGCAUGCACAGGGAGCUAUGGGGACUUCUCUGGACAGAUAACAAAGAUGCACCUCCGAUCAUACCAACUGAUACAAACCAGGGCUAUAAGCAGAUGAAGGCCAAAAUAGGUAGCAGUAAAGUACGACCAUGGAAAUGGAUGCCUUUUACAAACCCAGCAAGAAAGGAUGGUGCAGUAUUUUAUCACUGGAGAAGACUUGCAGAUGAAGGAAAAGAUUACCCAUUUGCAAGAUUUAACAAGGCAGUUGACAUACCAGUGUACUCAGAUCUGGAGUAUCAGCAACAUCUCCAUGACGACAACUGGACCAGACAGGAAACGGACUUCCUGUUUGAUCUGUGUAAACGAUUCGACUUACGUUUUAUUGUAAUUCAUGAUCGGUGGGACAGGGACAAAUUCCCAAACAGAAGUGUGGAGGACAUCAAAGAGAGAUACUAUAGUAUCUGUAACACUCUAACAAAAGUCAGGGCACCACAAGGUUCUGAACCCAAAAUCCGAGCUUUUGAUGCAGAGCAUGAAAGAAAAAGAAAACAGCAGCUGGUGAAGCUAUUCGACAGAACUCCUGAACAGGUGGAAGAGGAAGAGCAUUUAAUUGCUGAGCUGAAGAAGAUUGAACUGAGGAAAAAAGAGCGAGAAAAGAAAACACAAGAUCUGCAGAAACUGAUCACAGCAGCCGACAGUAACUUUGAUAGCAGACGGUCAGAGAAAAAACAGACCAAGAAAAAGAUACACCUGCCUCAUCAGAAGAUAAAUCCAACAGUGGCCACACCAGAACCAAGUGGAAUUAAAUUCGCUGACUUUAAGACAUCUGGAGUGUCUUUACGAAGUCAACGGAUGAAAUUACCAGCAUCAAUUGGACAGAAGAAAAUGAAAGCUAUUGAACAAGUUCUGGAAGAACUUGGCAUAGAAUACAACCCAAUUCCAACAGAGGACACAGUCACACAUUUCAAUGAACUUCGACAAGAUAUUGUUUUACUUUAUGAACUGAAAAUCGCCCUUGCAACAUGUGAUUAUGAAUUAGAGUCUUUAAAACACAGAUAUGAAAAACUGGCACCUGGAAAGCCUCUUCCUAUUGAGACGACAAUUAAAACGGAGCCAGAAUCCUCGAUGUUAGGGGGAGAAACCUCCUCCUCUCUCGUCAACUUCAGCAUCUCCCCCGACUCCCCAUCCAAACUAAAAAAGCUGUCUGAGGCUAUAGAUGUUGUCAGUACAAAUCCCCCAGGAACACCAAAUAGAAAACGUAAAGCAGCAUUAGAGCAAGGCAAUAUGCUGAAGAAAAUGAAACAGAAAGUGUGAACUUAAAACUUACCCCAACAGUGACAGUGUUAGCAACAAGCAAGACACUAUGACUGCAGACUACUUGUAUAUACAGUUGUCUCAUUAAAGUGGAUAAAGAGCUACCUGCUGAAAAUUCCAUGUACAACACCAAAAAUGCAGCUUGGGACAAAAGUUCAUACAACUCUUUUUUUUGUGAAAGUGAUUGUGAAAUGUUAACAGUGAGUCAGUGACAAGAAUGACAUCAUCAGUCAGUUUUUGGUCUUUAAGUAUGUGUACUUACUGGUGGAGUUUGUUUCAAAUAUUUGUUAGGAGAGCGUUGAAGAAAGAAUAAAUCAUACAUAACAAAAGGCAGAACUCUUAAGA